GGCUCUAUGAGGUGUCUGCACAGCUCGCACAGCAAAGGCCUUGGAGAGCAGCAGGAAGCCAUUCGCCUCCAUUCUUUGUUUGUACAACGUUCCGCCACUCAGAGUUCCUGUUGUUCACCCAUUUUCAUGCAUAUACACAAUCUACGCAUUUAGAAGUAUAUAUUUCUUAUACUGUAGAUUAUCUGUUCAUAUGUGUGGAGACCUAUGUACAUGUCUCCACCACAACUUGUCUCGUACAGAAGAGGAAGGGGAAAGUACGAGUGAAAGGCGCGUGGACGCGGUGACAUGUCAAGGGUGACCAUGUAAAAAGGUUUUGAGUGAGUCGGACGGCAGCAGAUGCGCAACGAGGCUUCUUUCUCUGCACGAUGACUGAAGGAGUCUCUCCUCCUUGUAUUGGGGUGGGCACAACUACGCAGACCUCUGGUCGCACCCAUUUAGUUUGAACGCACAUGCAUGCGUCAGUCCGAACGUAAAACUCUGCGAACCUUGGCAUGCCGGUGUUUCGACCUACGCACAGCUGAAAAUCCAUUUGCACAUGCAUGCAUGUGAGGACCUCUGUGUAUGAGUCUUUCGCCGCAGCUGUUGAUUUGCAAUGCCAGACAGCCGGGAAGAAGCAGCCGCGAGACUUGGACUGGCCACCGAGGACAAGUCUGUGUUUCGCAUGUCGCCUGUUGGUUUUGCCUCGUUGUUCGACGCGCUUGUGUCCUAGAGCACCGAUAGAGACAAAGACUCCUUGUGGAGGCUGGAGGCACUUAAUAAUUAGCGAUGUUCCAGGGGAAUGGACGAGGAAUCUGAGUCGGAUCUUCGUGCUGCGAAAUCGUUCCCAGUGCCUCCGAUCUGUAUUUCUUUUGAUCUCCAGCUUCUUCUCUUUUUUCGAGUUCUCGCGCCGUGUGUCUGCGUUGUACGCAGUUUCUAUUGCCUUCCUAAGCGCUUUCUGGGAGGAAAAUGUCGCCAUGUGAGGCGCUUCUCUCCAGAGGUCGUUCCGCAGCUCUAGCGCUCUCUGUCUCGUGCUCCCGCCCGAGCGCCGGUUGCCCUUCUCUCCCUGCGCGUCUGCCGCGGAACUCCGUCUUCACUCCUGAACCGCACAGCGCCUGUCCAACCUUCGCACACACAUACACUCCAGAGGAACGUCCGGAGAGCGAGCGCAGGCGUCGGCUGUUCCGCGCCUCCCCCGCCCUCGCGAGUCCUCGCCGCGGAUUCGCGAGUGGUUUGGCAGGGAAGGAUGCAAUACGCGUCUGCAACAGAGACAACAGCUGGUCCAAGUGGAGCGGCAGCGACCGCAGCCGCUUCUCGAUUUGUCGCUUGGAGCUGAAAUCCCUUCCAAGGAUCCAGUUCUCAGGGAGAAUCAUCGUCGUGCGGACACUCGCCGAUGACGCCGCGGCAUCAGAGGCGCUCCUCAAAACUGCCUCUGCGUCUUGCGGGGCGGCGUCCGACCUCGUGCUCGGUUACGACUCUGAGCAUGACCCUCUCGCUGUGUCAGUGGGCGGGGACUUGCCUCCGUCGCUGUCCCUCUUCGCCUCGCUCUCUCCGCGGCCGCCUCUCGCUCUGAUUCAGCUCGCCAGUCCGACGGUUGCAUGCAUUUGGCAGCUCUCUGCUCUCGGUGGGUUGCCGCCGGGCCUCACGGCUCUGCUGCUCCGGGCCGAUGUGGUGAAAGUGACUCAGGGCGCGACGGGUGAAGUGGAGGCUCUGCAGCGCGAGUUCGGCGUGUCGCCCAGGAAUUUCCUUUGUCUGCAUGCAGCGGCGAUUGCGCUUGGCUGCGCCACAAACAGCCGCUCUCUCCAGGCGCUCUGCGGCCUGUUCCUCGAACGCUUUCUGGACAAGAGUCUCCAGCUGAGCACUUGGAGCCGCGACGCGCUCUCCCCUGAGCAGUGUAUGUACGCCGCUACGGAUGCGUACGUUUCGCGGCAAGUGCUCUUUGGCAUGCGCGAGCAAGUCGUUCCCAAAGAAGUCAUGCGUCUCGUGGAGGCGCAAGCCACUCUGCAGUUGAGGUGUACGCAGAACGAGGACAGCGAAAGGAGGGAAACAGCCGUGUCAGGCUCUGUUGCCGCGUCUGGAGAUACCAAGGAGGCGGAACGCGGUGGGGGCGGAAAGUGCGAGGCUCAUGCCGAUGCGAACCUUCUUGUGGAUUGUGCGUUCGAGACAGGGUACGACAGUCUCGACCCAGAGGGCGGGACGGCCGAGUCGAAGUUAUGCUUGAGACAAGACAGCGAAGACGCUCUAGGCGACACGGACUGUCUGGAAGCGGCGAGAAGCCACCCGUCUGUGUGUCAAGGAAGCCGAGGUUUGCAGGUAACACCGGAAGGCGAGAAACGAGGCGGGAGACGGGGCUUGAGGGAAACUUCAACAGUCGGGCACGCGCAGCAAACUGAGGGUCGCACGGAGACACCGGAGCUAGGUGAAGAGUCGGAACAUCGCGAGUCUGGGUCAGAGCCCAAAAGCGGAAUUGUCCGGAGUAAACUGCAGGGCGCGCGCUGCGACAGAGAGGUUUUUGUAGCGACGCUGUCGAGACAGGAGUCAGAGUCUGAGAGGACGAGGAACUCGCCAGUUCUCAAACACGUGACUGGGACGCAGGCGACCCAAAUGGAGGAGACGGCGCUGGACCAACUCUGCGACGGUUCUGUGAAAGCCAACGAUCCGGAUCAGCGAAACAGAGUGGAAUUCGACCGAGAAGGAGAAGCGAGCGGCACUGGGACAGAGAGCGCCUCGCCAAGGCAGAACGCUGGACAAGCCUGGGUUUCGUUGAAAGAGACUUGCGUUGAACGCGGAUGGCGAUUGGAAUGCACACGACUGGAAAGCUGCAGAAACGGCUUCAGAAGCGUUUUCUCCGUCAACUCCGGAGUGUCGGGUGUCUUCGUCGCCAAGAGUUCUGAGGCGCACACAAAUUUGCGGGCGGCGCAAAAUGACGCAGCUGCGCAAAUGCUGACCCUGCUUGCUCCGCUUCUCACACGGAAACGAGAAGUCUAGACGUAGAGUCCACCCAGGAUUGUGAAAUCCAACUCGUUUCGCUGUCCUAAUCCACUCUGGGGCGUCCACGCUCCACGGCUGCAGUGGGGCUUUCGAACCACGGCUUCCUUGCACCCAAGCGUGCAAAGGUCGAGAAGCGUAAAAGUGUAUUUGUUUGUUUCCUAGCGUACACACGUUUUUGUCUGCACUCCGUGGCGUAGGGGGACGGCCAUGGUCUGCGGCCGUCGGACAAUAACCAGCAUUUAACGAUUUCUUGGGAAUUAGCCAGCCUUGGUCUGGCUCAAGGAACCGGUUUUCUUUCGCCG